GCUGAUGGGAGUUAAUUCAUUCAUUUUUUUCAUUCAAGAUCUGACAUCAGCCCAGUCAGAUUGUUGUUUGUUGUAUAUAGUUUUUAGUUAACAGAGCAGCGUUAUUAUGACGAUGAUGAAGUGAACGGAUCCAUUUAAGCGCAACAUAUUGGUAUGGUUUUGCCAUUGCAAUGGUUUUAGUUGGAGGGUAGUAUGAGUCGUAAAUUGAUAAAGAAUGAGUAAUACUUUCACAAGCAGUUCUGUUCUUCGCUUUUUGAGAGUGUGACAGGAUAGAUAGAUAUGUGGAAGCAUAAAUGGUGUAAAAUUCUGUGGAUUUAAUGGUGGUUGUUAUAAAAAAGAAGAAUGAGUGCUCUGCGUUCCGAGUGCAAUUGGUUAUAUUUGGCUCGUAGUUUUGAUUAAGCAGAAUCAAACAAAGAUUUCGACGCGACUCUACUCUGAUUGAGAUUUAAUAUUGCAACAAUUUCGAAACCAUGAUGUCAAUGGAUGACGAAGAUAAACCACCGGCACCACCAGUUAGACUAACUAGCAAUCGUCCUGAUCCAUCACUUGUUCCGGUGGAGUACAAGCCUUUACCGAAAGAGCCUGAAAACGAGAAGAAGAAAGCUAGCUCGAAAGCCAAAAAUCUAAUUAAACAAACCAAAAAUAAAAUCGAGUCAGGAAUGGAGAAGCUUAACAUUUCAUACCCAACCAACUUCGAACACACGGUUCACGUUGGAUUCGAUCCGAUCACGGGAGAAUUUACGCCAUUGAAAGGCAUGCCGAAUGAGUGGAAAGCUCUCUUGAGCAGUUCGAACAUCUCCAAGCAAGAACAAAAGAACAAUCCUCAAGCUGUCCUGGAUGUUUUAAAAUGGUUUGACGCUAAAGCCAAUAAGCAACAGGAAUCGAAGUAUAUGACGGCCGCAAAAGUUAAUAGUGAAUGUAACAGCAGUCGAACCCCCACUUCCGGAAGUCAUCCCUCCAGUUCGCCACCUACGACGCCUGAAACGCCUUCCGGGAAAGAUACUGAUAAUCAUCAUCACCACCAUCAUCACCAUGAACACUCCUCAAGUGCACCAAACAGCCAUGUUCCAAUUUUAUGUAGUCCCCAAAAACAUAGCACGCACUCUAGUCCCAUUCACCACUACACUCCACCCCCACCUCCAGUGGCAGCAAGACCAGAAAGAACCAAAUCAAUUUACACAAAACCUAUAGAAGAUCAAGAGCCCCCGUUCGGAGCUCUCAAUGGCAGCUUUGUGGAUAAAAAUUGUAACACCGCAGUUGUUUCGCCGGUUCGACACAUUUCUCCCACCACGAGUCAACAACCACUUCCGGUUGGAGAUCCUCCCCCACCUACCACGCAGGUACCUCCAAUGCCCACUGAGCGAGCAGAACGGCAAAAGAGAAAGAAGAUGAGUGAUGAAGAAAUUUAUGCCAAAUUACGUGGCAUUGUCAGUAUCGGAGACCCCAACAAAAAGUACACUAGAUUAGAAAAAAUCGGCCAAGGUGCUUCUGGCACUGUGUAUACUGCCUUAGAAGCAUCCACCGCACAGGAAGUGGCAAUUAAGACGAUGAACUUGAAGCAACAACCCAAGAAAGAACUGAUAAUUAACGAAAUUCUAGUGAUGCGCCAAAAUAAACAUCGCAACGUUGUAAAUUAUUUAGAUUCUCAUUUAGUAGUGGAUGAGCUUUGGGUUAUAAUGGAAUAUCUCCCUGGCGGAAGUCUGACUGACGUUGUAACGGAAACUUGCAUGGAUGAGGGACAAAUAGCUGCAGUGUGCCGAGAAGUUUUGCAAGCUUUAGAGUUUUUGCACAUAAAUCAUGUGAUCCACAGGGACAUUAAAAGCGACAAUAUUUUAUUAGGAAUGGACGGUUCUGUCAAGCUUACCGAUUUUGGUUUUUGUGCACAAAUUAGUCCUGAACAGAACAAGCGUACAACUAUGGUUGGAACACCAUAUUGGAUGGCACCAGAAGUCGUGACGAGAAAACAGUACGGGCCAAAAGUUGACGUUUGGUCUCUAGGAAUCAUGGCCAUCGAAAUGGUGGAUGGAGAACCACCAUACCUCAAUGAAAAUCCAAUAAAGGCUCUCUACCUGAUAGCAACAAAUGGAAAACCCGAAAUAAAAGACAGAGACAAAUUAAGUAUCGAAUUUCAAGAAUUUUUAGAUUGUUGUUUAGAAGUAGACGUUGACGUCCGACAAACUGCCUCAGAAUUAUUAAGACAUCGAUUCCUACAAAAAGCGAAACCUUUGACAAGCCUCACACCCCUGAUAGUUGCUGCGAAAGAGGCGACGAGACGUAGCUAAAAAACUAAAUUUUAAUAAUUCUUCAUGAUACUUUUAUCAUUAUACAUACAUAAUUAUGCAAAAUGGUCUUGUCACAUCUGCCUUUACGCCAGAAAGCUAAAGAUUAACAAUAAUUAUUGUAAUUAUUUGUAUUCUUUAAUACUUAAUUAUAAAUAGCUCUGAGGAGUUUUAAGAGAAUCCUGAGUUCGGUAGAUAGGAAUUCAACGUUUCCAGGAACUUGUCGUCUGAGAGAAACGUAUAAUGAUGAUAAUCAUUAUUACAAAGGCAAUAACCUUACACAUACGCCAAAUUUUUAGUCCUAAACUAUUUUUGAAACGGUUGUACGUUUGUUUGUAUCCAAGUUUUUUAAUUACCAUUGUGUACUUGUAUUCAUGUUCCAUCUUGUCAUCUUUUGUGUAUUUUUACCUAAUCAUGCUGAUGUAUCAGUCAAACCAGUAGUAAUAGAAAAAAUAAUCUUCGAACCAGUAGAUACAAAUGUACAUAUAAAUAUUGGUUGAGCUGCUGCAACAAAAUAUAAAUACCAGUUAUCGAUCGUCGAUAACUUAUCGAGAAUCAAAGCAGUGUGAGUGAGCUAAACCAGCCAUGCAGAGUCUAUGAGAGAAAACCAGAAAAUCUAUUGUCCACAUCCUUUAAGUUAUUUAAAUUUCCUAAAUUAACAAAACGAAACAUUAUCUGGAGUGAUACAUAUAUAUGGAAAUUUUAAAAUCGAAGGAAUUCAAUACCGUCUACAUUUUAGAAAUAUUAUGAGUAGAAGCAAUGAUAUAAUCAAAAAUGAAACAUUACAGAUCCAACGACGUCUUUACAUGUACAUAUAUCGUCUAAUAGACUUGUGAUGAAUAUAUAAAACACUGGAAUGAAAAACCUAUCAAAAUUUCUUAAAUUAUUAAUAUCCCGAUCAAAAUCUGUGUAGUGAAAAAAUUAAGACCUUUUUUUGUAUAACUUUUAGCGUUUGACUCUGCUGCCUAAUUUUUAAUACCUUUUUAUUGUGUAAGUGUUUGUGCAUUGUAAUGUAAAGUAAACGCCUUCUGGUUUAUCAAGCAGAUUCUUGAAAAUAGUUUUUAAAUUCGCAUGAUAAUACCGAAUGUAUAUGUUUAACGGAAUUUCACGCAAAAUGGUAAUAAAAUGCCUAAUUUUUAUCGCAGAAUUAAA